UUUUUAUUUUUAUAUUACAGUCAGAAUAGAGAUCUCAUGCAGGAUAUAGCACAGCAUACAAGAGUGGAUCCCAAUGGAAGAAUCGUCAAGUAUAAUAAUUUUAUUAAACGGGUUCUUACUACGCCCAAGUCUUCAGAUUCAUUAAAAGAGUGGAAUUUAACAUUGAGUAAUGCACUCAUUACAAUUAAUGGCCGUGUAUUGCCACAAGAAAAUCUUAACGGUGAUAAUCACAAAUAUCCAGCUGGUCAUAACAAUGAUUGGACAGCACAAUUACGUUCUUUACCCAUGUAUAAAAAUAUAGUUGGUAUACAAUGUUGGGCUAUAGUAACUCCGCAUAUGUGUAGUUCCAAUGUUGGGAAAUUCACAAAUACUCUAAUUAGCGUAGCAGAUAACUUGGGUUUUAAAUUACCAAAACCGAGAAUGUUAGUUUUGGUUAUUACAAUAAUUAAUGCAAUUAUCAUCUUACUCAAAUACAAAAUAUGCUAUGUUUGA